AUGGACAAUGAACAUCGUAGAUGGAUGUAUGAUAGGGUGUUACCUAAUCGACGGGGGUUGAGGGAUGAAUUUAAGCAAGGCGUUGAGGGGUUUAUUAAUCAGGCAAAUUUAUUUUGUCAAAAGGAUGGGACAAUUAGGUGUCCUUGUGCAGAUUGCAAUUGUAUAAAGUGGUUAAAACCUGAGGAUGUUAGGGCUGAUCUUUGUAGUAAGGGUUUUAUGGACGACUAUUAUGUUUGGACUAGUCAUGGAGAAAUUGAGGGUAGUGCCAGUAAUAUUUGCAAUCAUAAUUUUGUUGCUGGUGAAAGUAGUGAAGAUCCUAGACUGCAUGAAAUGGUUAUGGAUGCUCUUGGGAUGUACAAUGAGGGUAACAACCAACAACCUGUUGAUCAACCUCCCAAUGAAGAGGCACAACGUUUUUAUGCACAAUUAGAGUCUGCUAGUCGUCCAUUUUGCGAAGGCAUGUCACGCUCUGCAUUGUCUGUUGCCGUUAGAUUGCUAAGUAUUAAAUCGGAUGCAAAUAUUUCUAUAGCGGGAAUGAACGCUAUGAUUGAGCUUAUGAAAGAACUUAAUCCGAACUUAGACAUACCCGAUGAUUACUAUAAAGCAAAAAAAUUGGUUUCCAAAUUAGGUCUCUCGUCUAUGAAAAUUGAUUGUUGUGAAAAAGGUUGCAUGUUGUAUUAUAGGGAUAAUGCAGAUUUAGAGAAUUGCAAAGUUUGUGGAAUAUCUCGUUUUAAACAGCUUGCCAGCGGUAAGAGGGUUGCAGUUAAGGUGAUGCAUUAUUUACCUCUUAUACCAAGGUUAAAGAGGUUGUAUGCAUCACUGAGUUCUGCUCCUCAUAUGAGAUGGCACUAUGAAAAUAGAAGGCCACCCGGGGUAUUGUGUCAUCCAUCAGAUGGAGAAGCAUGGAAGCAUUUCGAUAGAACGUUUCCGGAUUUUGCUAAUGAACCAAGGAAUAUUCGAUUGGGUUUGUGUGCUGAUAGAUUCACACCAUUUUCUGUCUCAGCUGCACCAUAUUCAUGUUAG